AUGAGAGCUAUCAGUGUAAUUGUCCUUGUGCUUCUCUCUGCCCUAGUUCUGGUCUCCGGGUUGGCUUCAGUGACCGAAGACGUGGAGCUGAAGCAAUGCCGGGACCUGUGCAGGGACCAGAAGCAGUUCGACGAGAAGCAGCAGCACGUCUGCAUCCAGCGGUGCGAGGAUUACGCUCGGGAGAAGAAGGAAUGGGGCGGCCGAGGUCACGGCCGCGGCGAAUCUGCAGAGACUGAUCCUGAGAGGAGGGUCAGGGAGUGCAAGCACCAGUGCGAGCAGCAUAAGCGUUACGGGGAGCAAGAGCGGGAGGUUUGCCGCAGCCAGUGCGAGAAGGAGUUCAGAGAAGGCGGCGGCAGGGGAAGACGCGACGAUCCGGAGAGGAAGUAUUACUAUGAUGUAGAAGAAGAAGGAGAAGAGCAAGAGGUGUUUGGAGAAGGUGGGGAAAGGGAAGAGAAUCCUUAUGUUUUCAGGGACGAGCAUUUCCUGAAGAAAGCUGAGAGCCAGCAUGGAAGAGUCGGUGUCCUCCAGAGGUUCACUGAGAGAUCAGAGCUUCUGAAAGGAAUUGAGAAUUUCAGGAUCGGGUUUCUUGAAGCUGACCCGCAGACUUUCAUUUCCCCUGCCCACUUCGAUGCCGACGGUGUUCUCUUUGUAGUCCAAGGGAGAGGGACGUUUGCAAUGAUACGGGAGAACAGAGGGCGAACAACAACUUCUUCGAGGAGCGAGAUCAAGAGGCACAGCUUCAACAUUGAGACCGGAGAUGUGAUUAGGGUUCAUGCUGGAACUCCUGUAUACGUUGUCAACAAGCACGAGAGCCAGAAGCUAGUGAUCAUCAAAUUCAUUCGACCUGUUAACACUCCUGGAGCAUUCGAGGCGUUCCACGGCCCAGGUGGCGACAACCCAGAAUCCUUCUUCAGAGCAUUUAGUCCUGAGCUGCUAGAAGCUGCUUUUAAGGUUGAUAGGGAGAGUCUGCAGAGGAUCUUCCAACAAAAGGAGGGGACGAUCAUUAAAGCUUCCAGGGAGCAAAUCAGGGCCUUGACCCAUGGGGAGGAAGGUGGAGGCAUUUGGCCAUUCGGUGGCGAAUCGAGCUGUCCCUUCAAUCUCCUCCAUAGGCGCCCUACUCACAAGAACAACUACGGGCAGCUGUUUGAAGCAGACCCCAACGAAUUCGAGCAGCUUGAUGAUCUCGACCUCAUGAUCUCCUUUGCCAACAUCACACGAGGAGGAAUGUCCGGACCAUUCUACAACUCGAAGGCGACGAAGAUAGCUUACGUUGUGGAUGGUGAAGGCUACUUCGAGAUGGCUUGCCCUCACGUCUCCAGCACUAGGAAGCAGGGAAGAAGGGGCCAGAGUACUGGCAGCAGCAGGGGCUCGCGCCAAGGGACGACUUACGGGCAAGUGAAGUCGCGGCUGAAACGAGGCACGGUGUUCGUAGUCCCAGCGGGGCACCCUGUGGCGACGGUGGCAUCGACAAACAACAACCUGCAGGUGGUGUGCUUCGAGGUGAACGCACGGGACAACUUCAAGUUCCAGCUGGCCGGGAAGAACAACGUGAUGAGCAAGAUGGAGAGCCAGGCGCUGGAGCUUGGGUUCGGGGUCCCGGCUAAGGAAGUGGAGCAGAUUUUCAGGAAUCAGAAUGAGGAGUUCUUCUUCCCUGGUCCGGUGAUGCAGCAGCGCAGGAGAGGCCACAGCGCUGUGUAG